AUGCUUGACGACAUCUUUAUCGUGAGUAUCCGCGGUUCCUUGAGCGAGAAAGAGAUGAUUCGAGCCGUCGAGGUAUCGGAUGACUUGCAAUGGCUGGCAGAAGGAACGAACGCCCGCUUAUGGGACCCCAUUUACAUGGAGCGUAUCGUUCCUGUUCGUGUCCCGCACUCCCUCGUCGGCGCUUGGGAUCCCGAUCCCAACGACCUCCGCUGGAUCUAUCGUGACACUUCAUCUGCGGCGUCCGACAAGUCGGCCUCCCAGGAGGACGAAGGAUACCGGGCCGCGCGAUACAUAACCUGGGCGAUUGAGUCCAUCAAGGCCAGGGCGUUAGACAAACAAGUCUAUGCCGCGAAUACAAACUACCUCAUCAGCAUUCUCACGUCCGCAGGCCAUCUCAGUGCAACGUUCGACACACUCGCUGAUCACGCAGUUCCCAACGAUGCUGGGCUCAACCCCCGCCAACAGAUCUGGCACGUUCACCGCGACUCGUCCCUCUCGAGCUUCCACCGCGGCGAGGCUGGCUACGCGGGCGACCUCGGCGUCGAGAUAUCCAGCCCAAUUCUCCAGGACCGUCCCGCGGACUUUGAAAAGAUCUUUGACGUGCUCUGCGGCGGCGUCCGGCCGAUGCUUGACCCUAGCUGCGGCUUCCAUGUGCACGUCGGUAAUAUCCGUGGGUUCUCUCUCCGCAGCCUCAAGAAGAUUGCCACCCUCGUUCGGAUUUCGGAGCUUGUUCUCUACAGUCUUGUCGAACGCUUGCGGGAAGCAAACGACAUGACCGUGCCUCUCGGCAAAGACUCGACCUUAGCCUGCACCGAGGACCUGCCAGAGUACACUACCGACUUUGUUCUGCAGAGCCCGAAUAGCAAAGGCGCCCAGAUGGGAGCGAUGAGGUUGUCAAACGAGAUCGAAGCGCACGUACCCAAGGACAGCAUCCCUCAAGUAUCCAAGACGAGAUUCCCCAAAUCUGCCGGCAUCUCCUUCCUCUCCAUCCGACGAAUCAUCGAGAAGCAGUCUGGCGAAGAGGAGCCGAGUUAUGAGGGCACGGUUAAGUUCCGGAUGCUCGAGGGGACGCUGGAUCCAGAGCUGAUUGCGCAUUGGACGAAGCUAGUGCUGAGAAUCCUGGAGCGGGGAACGGACACUGAGCCGGUUGAAUAUUUUUGCGCGAUGGAAAACAUCCUCAAAAAUACUAUUGGAAAGGUGUAGGGUAGGAGGGACCUAUGCGGUGCGGUGAUCUAAGGAGAAACACCAACAACCCCUAAGGCAACACAAGAU